UACUGUAUAGUAGCACGUGUCAAUUGAAAGAAAAAUGUCGGCUACAACCGUACUCUCACAGGCUACCAACGAUCCACUGUCAGUCUAUACGGCGUAUGUGAGGGGCCACAGACGCACACCAAGUGAUGUCCAGUUUAAGGAACUGACGAGGCGGGACAUCAUGAAGGCCAUGAACAAGGAGGUGGCGAAGCUUGUUAAUACUGCAUUACCAGGGCAACAGGAGGAGAUGCGUCGGGAGCUAGACGACUAUGAAGAACUAUUUAACCGCUAUCUUCAGGAGACUGGACCCUCCUUCAUGUGGGAUAGGAUUAAAUUGUUACCUGAUGAUGCUGUGAAGACGUAUGGUGAGCUACAGAUACCAGAUCCAGACAAGAUAAAGGAACUACUUAAUAAAUUAGUGGUAGUAAAACUUAAUGGAGGCCUUGGGACCAGCAUGGGUUGUACUGGCCCUAAGAGUGCCAUCAGUGUCCGAAACGAACUUACCUUCUUGGACUUGACUGUCCAGCAGAUUGAGUAUUUGAACAAGACGUAUGGCACAGAUGUUCCUUUGGUACUUAUGAACUCAUUCAACACUGAUGAAGACACUCAAAAAAUCCUCAAGAAGUAUGGCCAAGUCCGAGUCAACAUAUACACAUUCCACCAAAGCAGAUAUCCAAGAAUAAAUCGCGAGUCUUUGUCACCAAUACCCACAAACUGCAGCUACGACAAUGUUGAAGGAUGGUAUCCUCCUGGUCACGGAGAUGUAUACAAAAGUUUCUACAAUUCGGGGAUCUUGGAGGAAUUCAUUAAAGAUGGAAAAAAAUAUGUGUUUAUUUCUAACAUAGAUAAUUUGGGUGCUACAGUGGACCUAAGUAUCCUAAACUUCCUGUUGAAUCCCGUAAAUGGUCCCGCCCCAGAGUUUGUGAUGGAAGUCACUGAUAAAACUCGGGCUGAUGUUAAGGGUGGUACACUUGUGGAAUAUGAAGGAAAACUGCGACUUUUAGAAAUUGCACAAGUACCGAAAGAACAUGUAGAUGAAUUCAAGAGUGUCAGUAAAUUUAAAAUUUUUAAUACAAACAACCUUUGGAUAAGCCUAGAAGCUAUGAAGAGAGUAGUUGAUGAGAAAACACUACAUAUGGAAAUCAUUGUCAACCCUAAGACACUUGAUAAUGGCCUCAAUGUGAUACAGCUGGAGACGGCUGUAGGGGCAGCCAUUAAAAGUUUUGAUGGAGCUUUAGGUAUUAAUGUACCUAGGCGACGAUUCUUGCCAGUCAAGACGACCUCUGACCUCCUGUUGGUAAUGAGUAACUUAUACAACAUGAGGACAGGUUCUUUGGAGAUGAAUCCUAAACGGAGCUUCCCUUCAGUCCCACUUGUCAAACUAGGAUCUCACUUCAGUAAGGUGAAAGAUUUCCUCUCAAGAUUCUCCAGCAUUCCAGACAUGUUAGAACUGGAUCAUCUCACGGUGUCUGGUGAUGUUACUUUUGGUAAAAAUGUCACUCUCAAGGGAACAGUGAUCAUCAUAGCCAAUCAUGGUGAGAGAAUCGACAUUCCCUCAGGAUCUGUGUUAGAAAACAAAAUUGUGUCAGGAAAUCUCCGAAUCCUGGAUCACUAGUCAUGUUGAUGCUGCUCUCUUAAGUUUUUAUCACAGCUAAGGAUUUCAGUUACUGCUUCCUAAACAGUUUAUCACAGCCAGGAGUUACAACACAAUGCCUGGAUGUCAAAAUACAACCACAGAUUUCAACAGUACAUAGGAUCCUGUAAUACCAACAGGGAUCCAAAAUAUGGAUUUUCUUGACCCUGGCAAUAGUUUAACACUGAAAUACGUAUACAUAUUAACCAUACAUAAUAAACAAAAUUUUUUGUUUUUUUUUUAUAUCAAAAAUCAUAUGUGGUUACUGAUUCUUUUGAGAACUAUGAAUUUACAAAACGGUAAAAAGUAAAACAAUUGAUGAUUCCAGUAGACAAUGGUGAUAGUAGUAGUCAUUGGAUGUAAAUCUAUUAUUUGAUUUUAUGUUCACAAAGCUAGUCUGCUAGUUAUAGUGAGGAUCUUCCUCAUGCAAUAGACACCCAAGAAAUACCAAUUUGUUGUGAUUUCAGUCCAAAUUUCCCUAUUGGGAUACAGCAUUUCCACAUAUUAUUAGUUCCGUUUAUUGGACUCGUGACUGAUUUUGUAUAUGUAUAUAUCUAACUGUUGUGUGUGAUUUGGCAUGCCAUAUUCUCUAGUACCUAAUGUAAAGUGCAGAUAGACUUAAACAGAUGAAAGAUUGGCUGAGUGCUAAUAGAGCAUGGAGAGUCUUGAGAAUAUGUAAGCAUAAUAAGGAGUGUUUUAUUGAAAGUCCCAUACGUGUCAAAACACUGUUGUUUAACUAUGCAGAGAAGGAAUGUUAUAGACUGACAAUGUAGCACUGGGAUGGGAGUGAUGAUGUGGUAGUUGAGAGACAGUGGGGAGUUAUGAUGAGGUAUUUUUUAUAACUGGAAUAUAAAAUGUGGUUAUAGAAUAUAACUAGUUGUUAUGAGGGUACUUGCUUGUUGCUGUUGCUUUUAUAAAUAUUGACCUCAGACAAUAUUGCCAGCGGCAUAUGUAAAACAAUAAAUGUCAAGGCAAGACAUUUAUGUAUAAUUACCUAUCUUUUAGAAUAUUGUUGUCAAAGAGAAUGAAUUGAUUUUAGUGUAUUGUUGCUAACUAUGAGUGUUAUAGAAUUUUAUACUUUAUGAGUACAUUUUACGAUGAAGAAAUUUCACAAGACCAAUUUGGGUCAAAAUAAGAGAAUUAACACAAGAUGGGUUACCAUCAAAGGGCAUUAUAGCACAAACCAUGGAGAAAGUUGCUGCCCAAUGAAUAUCUAUGUUGCCAUAACUGAAAGGAUUUUAAUUCUAAGAAAAUUUCACAUAAUACAACAUAUAGAAGAUUCAAUGUAGGGCAAAUGGUUAGCCGAAGUGUAACAGAGUUGGAAACAGCACUAGUUAGACAAAAUAAGCUAAUUUGGACCUGCUGACUUAUACAAUUAAUUCCCUGUUAACAAUGGACAGGGUUUUUCUUGGUAAUGAAAUCUUCUACUUUGAUUGAAUACAGCCACAAAGAAUGCUACGUUAGUGUUGUGGUUUCAAUUUCUCACGGGAUGUUUUUAUAGUGGUUAGGCACUUUUUCUGUGACAACCGUGUAUUAUUUUGAGUGCAUAAUUUUGCAUCUGUUGUUAAUUAAUAUGUUAAAUAUUUUGAUUAAAAACAUAAGUGCUAUAUUUAUGAUGUAGGAGACAUGUUUGUCAUAAUGGAUGGUUGUUGUUUAACUUAUAUAUGUAUAUAUGUACACAUAAGUAACGAAAAUUAACUUACCUGUGGACAGAAGAAUACAUUGACAAACUUCUGUGGAUAGUAUGAUGAACGUUUUAACUUGAUCCCUGAAAGAAAGUUGAGGAAUAUAGACCAGCUACCUCAUUCUAAUAAUGUCACAGUGAUGAACCAUCUAGUCACUUAUGUAUUGGUCAUAAGAGCUCAUAUGGAGUUUUAACUCCUUGUAUUUACAUGUUUAUUUUUUUUUCUUUAAAAUUCUAAUUAUCACUUUUUCUGAUUAAAGUCUGUAUAUUAUUUGGAUGAUAUUUUUUGUAAAAAUUUAUCGAUGUGAGUCCAAGUUUCAGCUGUGUAAGUGGAGGCAAGACUGUAAAUUAUCAGCACAUGUUAUCAAGAAAUACUGCCUCGAUUGAUCCAAUUAAUGGUGAAAUGCAUGUUUUUGUUCUGAAGUAGAAUCCAUUAGACUCUAUUGAAUGAAGUAUAAAACAUUUCUCAACUCA